AGAAAAGGAGAAAGGAAAGCAGUAGCCGAAGAAGAAGAAGAAGAAGAAACUCAAGAUCUUUGAGAAAGAGAGAGAGAAGAAGCAGAAGAAUGACAGCUGAUUUAGAAUUACCCCCGGGCUUCAGAUUCCAUCCAACGGACGAGGAGCUGGUGAUGCACUAUCUCUGCCGUAAAUGUGCGGCACAGCCGAUCGGAGUUCCGAUCAUCGCAGAAAUUGAUCUCUACAAAUACAACCCAUGGCAGCUCCCAGGCAUGGCACUUUACGGUGAGAAAGAAUGGUACUUUUUCUCUCCCAGAGACCGGAAGUACCCAAACGGUUCACGGCCGAACCGGGCGGCUGGGACUGGGUACUGGAAGGCGACUGGAGCAGAUAAACCGAUUGGGCACCCUAAACCAAUCGGAAUCAAGAAGGCGCUGGUGUUCUAUUCUGGGAAGGCACCCAGGGGAGAGAAAACCAACUGGAUCAUGCACGAGUAUCGCCUCGCCGACGUCGAUAGGUCGGCUCGCAAGAAGAACAGCUUAAGGCUCGAUGAUUGGGUACUGUGCCGAAUCUACAAUAAGAAGGGCAGCGUAGAGAAGCAAACCAUCGUCGACCAGAAACCGGUGCCGUCGAGGACGAAUUGCUCGGAAAUCAUUGACCAGAAGCCGGAAACCAUGGCGAUGCAUGGACGGAAAAUGAUGGCGCCGUCAUGGACGAUGGUACCGUCGUUGACCGAAGAUUUCCCGUACAUGGACACGUCAGAUUCAAUACCGAGGUUACACACGGAUUCCAGCUGUUCGGAGCACGGGCUAUCGCCGGAGUUCACAUACGAGAGGGAGGUGCAGAGUGAACCCAAAUGGAGAGAAUGGGAGAAAGCCCUCGAAGUUCCAUUUAAUAACAUGGAUGCCAUCGCUGUAACUGACAACCCUUUUGCUCAGUUUCAAAACACCAACGGCAACUUACAGAAUCCCUUGCAGGACAUGUUCAUGUACUUGCAGAAGCCCUUCUGAGGUCCCACGUCAUGAGGAUUCGAAUCGGACGGAUCAGAUUAAAAAACCGAAUCUUCGAUACUUGCAUGGCACACGAGACUGAAGUCUGUGAGCGUGCACGUGCGAGGGAGGCACACGAAUUGUGUAGGAAAGCUAGCAAUAUUAGUAGUAGCAUUUGGGUUGGUGGUGCAUGUGUAGAUGGAUAUUAAGUGGAGGUGGCAUUGAGAUUCUGAUCAUGUGAUGGAUAUUUGAUUGCCGGACAAUCGGACGGUGCAUGUUAGAUUUUUCAAGUGAUAGUAUAGAUAAGAACUGUUAGGUAUACAACAUGUAUAUAUGCAUGUAUACUUCAUUAUUGUGGGGACUCACCUUGUGGGUCCUUCUCUAUUCUUGUAGUUGUAGCUGAUUUUUUGUUCGUUUAGUGGGAAUGUUUUGCAUGGGAAACAAACAA